AUGACCAGUAUGUUGUUUUGUCACCGAGGUUCUAAAGCCUCAACACCACCUUCUCCGAGUCUGAAACCGCACGAGCCUUCCAUUCCUCGCUAUCGGAAUUCACCAAUUAAUAACGAGGAUACAGAAGUGUGGCACCUCCCCUCAAUUCUCACGGCUGGCUCCUUAGAUGAGUUGACGGCUUCUAAUUCCCUUCUACCACAGGCACCUGUUAUGCCACCCAUUUUAGAGGCUCAAUUAGAAUCACUUGCCAACCGUGAAGCAAAUGCUAAAACUAAUGGAAGUAUUGAUCGUUCUUCCUCCAACCGACGCUCACAACAAAUGCUCAGUAGUGCUAGCAUGCAUAGUUUAGUCUCGUCAGUGACAAGUCAGGAUUUUAAUCGUGGACUUGGUUCGAAGAAGGGUGGUAGUGCUAGCAUAUUAUCUAACGUUGUGGAUGGAAAUCUUUCGCUUCCAAUUACCCAUAAAAAGCACCCCCAUUACUCUGGACGUAGUCUUCUUUCCUUGAGUCACCAUCGAUCUGGAAGUAGCACUUUGAGGAAAUUACGCUCUUUGGAUGUUCAACAAUUUUCCUCCCUGUUAGAUUUUGAGGAGAGAUAUAAUGACCCCUGGGUUGGGUCUAUUACGUGA